CCGUGUGUAUCACAGUCCUGGUCAAUGCGCUAUCCUCUGUCGGUCUGGGGAGGGUGUAGACUACCACGUCAGCCUCCGAUGCAUGUGGAGUUGCCAGCCGCUUCUUUUCACCUGACAGCGAGGAGUUUCACUGGGAGAGCAUAAUGCGUGUGAAGGUUCACGCUAUCUCCCCCAGAUCCCCUCCCUGCUGAACAGGCGCCCCGACCAACCAGUAGGAGUCGCUAAUGCAAUGAUCGGGACUCAUACCCUCACCGCCUUCCCACCCGCGAGCACUGCCAAUUGUGUUCGUAGGAACGUCUGACCAAGCCGGAAGUACCGCUGCCGGGGAUUGAACCCAGGUCUCUGCGGUGGUAGGCGAGUGAUUGUACAUCUACACUACCCAUCCUUUCUCUGACUUAAAAUUAUUAUGCAAAUAUGUAUUUCUCGUCUUCCCAAACACAGUUUAACAAGUCCAUUGUCACUAAAACGAACUCUCCUUACCUACUGAGUUCGUGAAGAAAAAGUCGAUAACAUUUGCAUUUAAUUCUAAGUCAAAGGUAAGGACAAAAUAACAAUGAAAGGUGAGUAAUCUGCAGACAGGGUGCUGACAGUGACAGAUGUAUUGGGAUACUGAUGCAUUUAUACUAACUCAUUCUAUACCAAAAUGUUUAGUUAUUCUGUGGAUUAGUUUUGUAUAUUCAAACCUUCACAAUGGAUCUUUGUGGAUUUCACGUUUAAUCCCUUGCUUUUGUCAACCAUUACAAAGCAGGAUUCUGAACUUGGCCUUUUAAAUUGGGGACCUGUUGCUCUGGUUAGCAGGUUAUAUGUUGGAAAAAAUUCUUUGUUGAACAUGUUUUUUUCUUCUCUCUGAAAAAAAGGUUGCAUAAUUUUGUUAUGUUUAAAUUAGAAAAAUAAAUUUAAGCAGUGUGAAAUUAUGUAAUUGUUCAUUUAACAUUUUGAUUACAAUACUUUAUGUCCUGUUAAUGCAUCAUGGGCAUGCACAUAAUGUUUUUUUGUGCUAGUAAGAAACGAUUUUUGACUAAAAUUAUUAUGGGUAGGCUAACUAGGAACGGUUAUAUGCAUGGUAAAAUUUGAUAUGGAAGCCCUUUGUAGGUCCGCUUCUUAGCUACACAUCCUCGGGAUAAAAACUUCAGAGCAACGAUUUUACCAGCCCUGUAGUGAAACACUACUCUUCUCUCCUAACCUUUAUUUCCCGCACAUAUGGCUGGGAAACAAAGAGGACUAUUGUGUGUUUUCGCUUCUGUUCUAGUUGUCUUCAAAGCCUCUGAAAUUCUUUACAAAUCAUUCCCUCUACUGGGCACCUGCCCUGGGCACCUUCUUAGAGUGAAAACAUACUGCAGCCCUGGCACAUAUCGCACGCACGUCGUUCUCUUGACUAAUACUGAAGGAUUGUUUUUUCAACUAGUGCGUGCUUCACUUACAUUUUACACGCAUUUUCAAAAUUCACAUUUGAUUUGUUUGAUAAAGGAAACGGUCCAUCAUUUUUUUUAAAAGCCCUCAAAAAAAUAAAAGUAUUUGACAGUUCAAAGAAUAGCGUCGGGUUUUAUAGCCCGUGGCUACUGAGUGUGGGCUAUCGGGAGUAUGGCACUCACUGAAACAAUGGUAACUUAAUAUAGGCUACCACCCACCCCUCCAAAACUCUCCCACGACUAAGAUGAAUCACGUUUUCUCUGUGUUGCGUUUUUAGUAUUACGCAGAUUUAAAGCAUUUUAUGCAUAAUGUGCAUUUGAAAAAAUGUGUUGGAGUUUUGACGUCUCAGACAAUUUUGAAAUAAAAGGAUGCCUUAAGAACUACUCAUAAAAAUACUAACGCCCCCUCUGUAUAUCCGCUACGCAGUUAUUCGCUCCAUAUGUUCCCAGUGACGUGCCACCAAAAAACUAUGUGGGCGGGUGUUAAAGUGUAGUAUUUUGUCUGCCUUGAAAUUUGAUUCAGAAGUUUGGAGUAUUGAGGGGGAAAAGUCAGCGAAAGAUAAGAGAAAAGUCUGGCUGGACCCAACGUUUCAAUUGAUAAUUCUGAACAUACCAAUAACCCACUGAAUAAUCCUCGCCUUGCUUUUGACUUCCCCGAAAAAAGUUUACAGUUUUGGGACAAUGACAUCAGCAGGGCACCUGGCUGUCAACAAUCAUGAGGUUAAGGAGUUUGACAGUGUGAAGGAGUCUAUCAGUGAUAUAAUCAACCAGCUGCAGGACAUUGACCCUGCCCGUCUGUCCUUCUCCCCAUUCCUGGAUCUGGACACACAGAUCUCCUUGGCUCCUGUGUCAGAUAGCCCUGAAUCAUCUGUUGAGGAGCUGCACUCUCCCGCUCACUCUGUCCCUGGCUCUCAACAUUCCUUAGAGCCCUUGCCAACAGGGGACCAUAUUGACCAAGCUCAUCCCUACAUUAAUCGAUCCUGUGGUGAAUUCACAGAACAACAACAGGAAAAUACUGAACGGCAGGGAUUGCCAGAGGACGCUGUUGCUAAUGAUAUCCCUUUAGUGGACACACUAGGAGGGGUUCCCAUGGAAAACUGCACCAGUACCCCACCACCAGCGCUCCAGGGUGAAGUUCCAAAUGGCAGAGAAGGGGAGCAGUGGAACCCCCUGGAGUCCACCAAUCUGGACUCAACAGUAGAUGAAGGCCGCCCGCUGAUAAGGACCCUACCAGAAUGUAUUGAGAUGAACAUUUGGGACCCGCAGGAAGAAGGGGAGUGUGACGCAGUUCCAGAGGCAGCCAACAGUGGGCACUGUUGCUGUAGGUGCUGCAUGAGUGGCCGUGUUCCUGCUCUAUGCUCAGCUCUGGCAUCCUUGCUGUGUCUCCCAGGGAUUCUGUAUGCACUCUACUUCUAUGUUCCCUUGGAUGCCCCCCACUGUCCAGACUUGGUCAGCCGCCUCAUUUUCACACUCCAGUGUUGUGCUGUGGCAGCAGUGCCAAUCUUGCUGGCCAUGCUGACCACCGUUGUGUCCCGUUUCUGCACUGCAUCCCUGGAGCCUGUGCAAGCAUCACCCAGAGGUUCUACCCUUCAGCAGCUAUUCGUUACUGCGUCCUUGGAACAGCUGUCCCUCUAUACUCUCAACCUUGUUGUUAUGGCUUCCUUUCUGGCUCAAGACCAGCUGAAAGCAGUGCCCAUCUUGGCUGGAGUCUUUAUGGGAGGGAGGCUUGUGUAUUGGCUCUCACUCCAUCUCUGCAGCUCCUGGCGUGGGUUUGGCUCAGGGCUCACGGUUUUUCCACUCCUGGCCAUGGUGGCUUUCAACCUCUUCUGUCUGUUUGAUCUUGGCUUCAGUAAGCUCUUCCCUGGAGCUGACGAGAUAAACUUUGCUCUGACCACCCCCUCUCCUGGGCCUUCAGAGAUGGCCACAGGGCUGAGAGAUGCAGCAGAUCAUUUGUUGCCCACAGACUGCUUGGACACACAGAAAGGCAGAGGAUAUUGUUGAGCUCAGUCCCCUGGAAACUCUCCUUGUACCAGAAAUAUUCCAUUCCUGUGGUCUGAAGUUUUGCACAGCUGCAUAAAAUACCAUUACCACUAACCUCCAAGCUAGUAAACCCUAAGUGGCAUUUUGUUUUUUAUAGAGUACAGACGUUUGUGUAGAAUAUUCCAGACUUGACCUCCCCAAGAAAGAUUUUUCCUUACUUUUUAAGUUUGAAUUAUAAUCAAGUGUGUGAACAUUUGUGUUCACACAAGCACAGCUAGCAACAGUAUUAAUGUAAGGUUCUUUGGCAUAAAUUAUACUUCAGCAUAGGAAUAAAUACUGUUUGUGUCAAUUUAUCUCAGAAUAUUGGAGAAAAAAUCAUCUGAAUAUGUUUUUAAAACAAAAUUUAUUUUUACAUGAAAAUAAGCUGAUGAAUGAAAUUCUAGAGUCUAGAGAUAAAGCUUUUUUUCACAAAUGUUUGCUUAUUUCUUAUUUUUAUAUUUGUAACAGACCACAUUUCUACUAAGGACCUCUCAGCAACCAAAGAAAAAGCAACAAUCUUGUGUCUUGAGAAAGCUUUAUUUUGAAAGUUGUCAAAUUUCCCUGGAGUUAUCCCGAAUGUUACUGAUCAUCUCUGAACAUGUUGACGGUCGCCAUCUCCACUCCGUCAGCCUGACUGGGGUCCGUGCCAUUGUGCGCCUGGGUCCUAGCUGCAAUGUAGGGUAUGAUGAGCGUGCUCGCCAUCCACGUAGAGGCCCACACCAGGCACAGGAUCAGCAGUGGGCCUGCCAGGAGAAUGCCAAGUACCGCUGCUGCCUGCUUCGUCCCAUCUGUUGCCUUGUGCCAAUGGCUCCGUGGGUAGAAAGAGAAGCUACAGGUACCCAGGAAAGGGUCAAAAGUGGAAUAGGGUGGACAGUCCAGACAGCUGUUCUUCCCCUCACCAAAGCAAGUCUGGCAGGUAUGAUGGCACAGUAGGCACCUCCGAUCAGACUUGGUGCUGUUGCUACCCGACUCAUAGUAAUGAGGGGGACAGGAUGCCGAGCAGAUGGUCUCAAACAUGUACAGGGGAUAGGCACACUCUUGAGUAUAAAAAAGAGAAACAAUGAAAAGGAAGAAUUAUGCUCUUAUUUUUGUUACAUGUAUUGUAAUAAAUUGCAAUGUUAGAUAUUGUGAUAAAACAUUUAUUCCACCAAAACAACUUUGUUAUUAUUUAUUGGGGGUUUGUUUCACACUUGCAGGACUUGUUUAUCAGCCUCAUUUUCAUUAAUUGUACAAAUCUGUUUUAUUAGAUUGUGAGCUAGUGCCCAACACUGUUCCUUAAAAAUAGCUAAUGCUUUCAUGAAACACUUUCAUAAAACAAAAUCAUUAUAAUUUGUAUAUAUACAUGCUAAAUUGCACAUUCCUUAUUUCAUGCUAUUUUACAAAAGAUUUACUUGCUACACAAAAAUAAGUGCAUUAAAAUUUUUGCUGUGCUACAAUGUAUUUUUCUUUAUCAAUGGGAGACAAAUAGAAUCAGGACAGAAAAGGAGGAAUGUCA